GCGCUGGUAUAAAUUCUCCCAACCAGUUCAAUCUCGAGUUCAACUCAGCGCCAAUUUCAAAUCUCCGUUCAAUAAACUUCUUCUUCCAAAAAUGUCUGGGCGCGGAAAGGGAGGCAAAGGCUUGGGAAAGGGAGGAGCAAAGCGCCACAGGAAGGUUCUGAGGGACAACAUUCAGGGCAUCACGAAGCCUGCGAUCCGCCGUCUCGCUCGUAGAGGCGGUGUGAAGAGAAUCAGCGGUUUGAUCUACGAGGAAACCAGAGGAGUUCUGAAGAUUUUCCUCGAGAAUGUGAUCCGCGACGCUGUAACCUACACGGAGCACGCCAGGAGGAAGACGGUGACCGCCAUGGAUGUGGUCUAUGCGCUGAAGAGGCAGGGAAGGACUCUGUACGGUUUCGGAGGUUAGGUUGUAGAUGCUGAUUACAUGAUCGAUUAUAGAUCUUGGAUGUAGAUCUGGUUUCUUGAUUUGCAGUAGGCUGUAAUCGGUUUUUCAAGGAAAUGGAAUGCUACUUCUGUUCAAGAAUUAUUCUGCACUGUAUGUUCGUUCCUCUUUUUCUUAUGAAUCAUUUU